AUGAAGAUGAUUUUCAUUCUCUUCCUCUAUGCUCUUCUUUCAUUCACUUCCCAAGCUUCUGUGAAUGAUUUCUGUGUAGCAGACCUGAAGGGUCCAGAUAGCCCUUCAGGGUAUCAAUGCAAGCCACCAAAUACAGUAACAGUGAAUGACUUUGUGUUCUCUGGCUUUGUAGCUGGAGACACCAAUAACUCAUUCAAUGCUGCAUUAACCUCAGCAUUUGUCACUGAUUUUCCAGGUGUGAAUGGACUUGGCAUAUCUGCAGCAAGAUUAGACAUAGCCAAAGGUGGAUCAAUCCCAAUGCACACUCACCCUGGUGCCACUGAACUCUUAGUAAUGGUGAAAGGUCAAAUCACUGCAGGGUUCAUGACUCCAACUGCACUUUAUCAGAAGACACUGAAACCUGGUGAUAUCAUGGUUUUCCCACAAGGACAGUUACACUUUCAGGUGAAUUCUGGUGUGGGAAAAGCCACUGCUUUUCUUGCUUUCAGUAGUGCAAACCCUGGAGCACAGUUACUUGAUCUUUUGUUGUUUGGUAACUCUUUACCGUCUGAAUUAGUUGCACAAACUACGCACCUUGAUGUUGCACAAGUGAAUAAGCUCAAGGCUCGAUUUGGGGGAAGAGGUGCAUAG